AUGGUUGACCACUACUUCAAGUUCUUCGCACUGACAGUCGUUUCUCAAUUCAGUGGCAUCUAUAUUUCGUCUCUUUGUGAUGGCCUCGCGGUGCACCUAGUGGUUCUGCUUUUUUCGAAAUUCAGUCUUUUGCCAGUGUUAAUUAGUCUCUAUUCCGGUGCUAAUUCUCACUUAUCUACCGAGUUUACCCUCCCAAGGUUGGUUGCUCGUCUUCGCGGACCCUUUUCUCGUACGAGGACUCGCACUUGCUCCGUCUCGACUUCGGUUCCAACUCGCGUUUCUGAUAUGCGAAUGCCAGUUUUUCCAUCUUCUGAUUCCGAAGUUCCUCGUUAUUACGUUCAGUUGGUGACUGCUGCCCUUUUGUCCAUCCUCAAUGCCGGUCUGUCGCUUAAAAAUUGCUUUUCUACGGAAGAUGAUAUCUGGACUGCUCUAGCAAGGAGCUUUCUCAAACCGACUACUCUAUGGGUCAUUUUCGGAACUUUAGUAGUUCAGCGUUCCCUAGCAGGCCUCGUGAUUCAUAUUUUCUCGAAGGCCUGCGCCUGCGAAAAAUGCCUUUUGACGAGAUCUAAAGAUGUCAGGAAGCGAACAAACUCGGAGAGUGAUUCACCAAUCUGCCUCAAUCAUCCCGAAAGCUCUGAAAUUACUGAAAAGUGCAGUUCCAACAGCACACUGUCCACAAAGCAGAUGAACUCUACGGGGCAUAACUUUGGUAUUCUACCGAAGUCCGUGGAAGGUACGCGGUCAGCCGAAUCCAAGUUUUCAGCAGUAACAACCCCAGCAACUCCCAGCUCCAAACGGGUUGCUGACCUGGAUGAUGCCGAAGUACUGGAACUUAUAUCUACCGGUAAACUGAAGACGCGAGAGCUAGAGUCGGCCUUAGAGAACCUAGCCCGGGCCGUAUGCAUUCGUCGACAGGAUCUCGCCUUGCGGUUGGCUAAUCCUCAUGCCCUGGAGCGCAUCCCACACUGCAACUUCGACUAUCGACCUGUGAUUGGCCAGUGUUGUGAAGAGGUCAUAGGAUUUGUUCCAAUUCCUCUGGGAAAGGUUGGUCCACUCCUUUUGGAUGGUCGAGAACACUAUGUGCCGCUGGCCACCACUGAGGGUUGCCUCGUUGCAAGCACAAACCGAGGCUGUCGCGCUCUUUAUCUCGCUGGAGGUGUAACUACUGCGGUCUUUCGGUAA